AUGGAAGAUCUUCCCAAGGGUCUCUUGGCGACUGCAACUCAGGUGUCCUCGGAGCUGGAUUCCUUGGACGUCAUUGACCUGGCGCAAAUCAUCCAACUCUGGAAGAUUUACAACGCCAACCCUUCCGUGCAUGAAGGCCACACUGGCCAUCGGCUCGAGAACUUCUUCUGGCGCACUUGGAGCAGUGAGCAACUGCGCGGUUCCAUAGGAGGUUCCAGACUCGCCAGCUUGUUCAUGCGCAUCUCGGAGCCCACUCCGUUCUCCAUGCAGCAAUUCAAGGAAGGUCAGAGUAUCACCCGCAAGCCAGAUAACCCUCCCACUCCGGUUCCCCCGCCGCUGUUCACCGCAGCUACUCAGAAUCGUCCUACUCCGAAGAAAUCGCAUUAUGUCGCGCCGAAAACCAGGAACAUCAAGCGUCGGCCGGUGGUGAUGCGCCGCAAGUCGUCGCAAAACUCCGCCGCAAGCACCCGCAACCACAGUCCUCAGCUCUCACCGUUGACAGCAGAGUCGCCUCCCCCUUUUCAGGGACAAACUAGUGUGUUCGAAGAACCUGUUGAAGAAACUCUCAUACCCACGCCAGAACCUGCACCUGCCGAAGUCCUGAUACCGGCGAUAUCCACAGCUGCGGAAAUCAACCCUCCCGUCGAAGCGGACGAUGACCUGGACAACAAACCAAUCCAGCUCCCACCAGCCUUUCUCUCUGAGCUCAAAACUAUUCUCCGUAAAAAAAAAUCCUCGCCACCACACAGCGCCAAAUCCACACCCUCAAAAUGGGGCUUCGUUACCACCGACGACUGGACCCAUUACGACGUGCGCUACGUAUGUCCCGAGAACUAUGAGCAGCCGUCAGCACAGUCCCUCAUCGACAAGGGCUUCCGCUCGCGCUUCUCCGAGCGUCUUCACCAGGAGCAGGAGUUCUACUCGUCUUCGCUGGCCGCUGCCAACGCCGCCGGCAUGAAUCUCGCAGAGUAUCUUGAGGCAACGUCGGCUGGGAGCAGUCGCACGGCGGACGCUGCGCCCUCGCCCUUGAAAACGGAGUCUCAUAUUGCGGAGGUGGAGACUUCCACCACGGCGACGAGCGUGCCUAUCAUGACGCCCUCGCGCAUCGACAGCUCGUCCCCGUGCUCGCGGCGGGCCAGCGUGUUGCCGUUAACGCCGUUUUCUCUCUCACGAGGCCGCAGUCAGCUCAGUCUUCUCAUCGAGGAGAGUCGGAAGAAGGACGAAAAGGACUUGGAUACCGAAGAAAAGUAG